GUGGUUUCUUCUGGUGGCUUGUUCCGUAGAUAGUUUUAACCUCAGCUUUCUGUCUUUUCUUUUAGAGUCUGUUAUAAAUAAAAGGUUGGUUUCCCCAGUGGUUAUCAGGAAUAGCUCUGCUCUGGACAGUGUGAGAUGUCAUAGCCAGCAGCAGAAGACGCAAAACUAUUCUCACUCUCAACAUGCAGGAGCAUUCUAUCAAUGCAGCAGAAUGUUUGUGAACUCUGGAGUGAAUGUAAGAACCUCUUCCAAUGGCAGAGGGCCAUGUUCCUGUGCUGAAACUGUUUUGAGAGAACAAGCUGGUCCUGUCUCUCCCCAUGUGUUCGACUACACUGGGGAACCCAACAGCACAAACCAUUGGCAGGCCCUGAGCAUUAAAGAGGCUCUGGAGCACUUCCGGCCUGACUUUAUCUCCCGCUCUCAAAAACGAGUGCGCCAAUUGGAGGAACGGACCAGAGAGAGGCAGAGGUCACAGACUGCAGACUUCGCAGUGGAGUUGGAGGGCACCAAUAAGAGAUGGAACUGCACAAAGCCACACCCACUUAGUGAUAACCUUUUUAAACCAAAGGAUAGAGUUAUUUCAGGUAAAGAGAUGCAGCUUAGAUCAAAACGCAUUUACAACAAACUCCCUGAGGUGACCAAGAGGAAAGAAGAAGAGAGAAGAAAGCUGGUGUUGCAGACCAACCGACUGAGAGCUGAAGUCUUUAAGAAGAAACUUCUGGACCAGGUCUUACAAAGAAACAGUGACUGA